GCGAUGAGCGCAGCGCCGGCGACCCUCUCAGUUCGACCUCACGCGGCCGACUGCUGAGCGGUCCACCCGCCUCUCUCGCUUUACAGCGGCGUUACUCACUGUUGCCGUCGUCACGCAUAGCUCCCCAGCACCCACGUCGUGGUUCAGUUGCCACGACCACAGCAGCGAUUGGCAACACGAAGCUUCCGUACUCUGGCCUCCUAGAGUCUCGGAGGGCCUCCACCCCGUGUGUCUUGCCUGAGAUGCGAAGGGAACACAUUAGCCGCGGCCGCAUUGGGCAUCCUGCAGAAGGGGUGACGAGGGACGAUGCGGCUGUCGUCUCUCUGAGACACGUCAUGGCGACCUCAAGUAAUCCCGCCUCGUCCUACGUCACGUCAUGUGCUGGACCAGCAGACCAAGAUGACGAGGAUUCACAGCUCGACGAGGGAGAUGAGACUGAGGAAGAUGAAGCCAUUGCUGUGGAGCGCGAGAUGUUAGAGGUGCUGAGCCAGCGAGAGCUCGACGUGCAGUACGCCAGGGUUGUCGUGCCGUGGCUGCAAUUUGGGGCUUCUAUUGCCGUGCCUUCCGUCACGACCUUCUGCUAUGCUCUUCCUAACAGCGGAAGCGUGAGUGCAUUUUUGGACGAGCUACAGCGAUGGCUGUCAGUCCACUCGCAGGACUCGCCGUUGUCUUGCUACCAGCGCACGUCGCUGUCGGAGCUUCGGUCUCAGGUGACCAAGGGAAUUCGACGACGUAUUCACUCACGUCUCGAUCAUCGUCCAUCUCAGAAACGGAGUACUCUGCAUGACAACACUGCUUUGAAUAACCGUCCGUCUCAGGAAUCGCGGAGGGCGCAAUCCAAAACAGCGGCUAAAUCCGGCAGUGCCAGUAAACGUCGGCAAUCUGAGACUACUGAGAAAAUAUGCAAUCAUCGAGUAACUAUGCGUUUCGCCUUGGACGUAUGCGAGCAGGAGGCCAGGCUUCACCGUGACCGACCUAUUCAGGAGUACACGUAUCUCUUUGUCCCCAACUACACUCCAAGCAAGCAAGAGUUCCGGUGCACAACCGAAGUCUGUCCCCGUCAGGAGCUGACGCACGAGUGUCUGCUCUUCGCCCGUAGUCCUGCCAAUUCCAUCACCGACGCUGAUGCCCCGACCUCCGCACUAGACGGUCACCGCACCAGCCAACUUUUCCACCCGAUGUUUAUGCCAGUGAAGCAUCACACGGAACAUAAUAUGACUGCACCAACUACUUGCACUUCCAUAAUCCCAAGCACCGCUACUUCAACCAUCCAAGCACCAAACUUCGUGAGAUCCUCUUCUCCAGUUCGGACUCGCGCUUGUCACCCAUGCUACUCUGCUUCGCCUGCCGUUCCUCCUCGCCUGCACCUGCUAACUCAGCAGCAAAGUUUGCAUCAGUCGCUGCCAAGCGUAUCGACUUCCUCAUCCCACGAUACCUCGGUCACUGCCGGCGGUAAUUCGAAUUUACGUGCGCGUAGGGAUUCUGCCGUCGCUGUCACUACGAUUGCACCUACUUCGAGCGCCACUGGUAUUUCAACAAGCGACGUUAUCGUUCGUAGCAACCUUGCGAUCACGUCACCUAGCGGUGUUGUGACCCGUGCUUUGUCACCCGGCAGCAGUAAUCCAGUGUCCAGUGCUGCUGGGAACGAAGCAGGGAAAAGUAGUGCUCAAUCCGAUGUUUCUGGACCGAACUCUUCUCGUGCUUCCGGCGGCAAUGCUGAAGCCAAAUAUCGACACGAGAGCAGCAGCACUACGGCCUCUACUGUUACCGAAGUGACACCUGAAGUAAUUUCAGGCUCGCUUAUACUGCCUCGUCACACGCUGCUUGCUGCUUUUGUCGAGAAAAAUAACGUGUGCGUGCUGCUGUACAACUGGUCCCGUGACAGCGCCGUGCGUCUCCACGACCACAUGACGCUUGCCCUGCAGUGGACCACCGCCAGGCAUGCGUUGCUCUCAUCCAUCGCAUUGCAGAAACUUGGAUUCUUCGUCGACCAGCCAUUCUGCCGCAGCUCAGAAACUGAUGAUAACAUUCCCAUGUCUGGCUCCAGACUUGCAAAAAUUCCCACUCAAAGUGAAAGUGCUUCUGAAUCAACAGCGGUUCUGCAUAGAAGCAGGAAUAAAAUGUACGGGGUUGAUGUUACAAAGAAAGAAGCCUCUACGAGCGGUCUCACUUUGUCUUGUAACUCGGCUAUCACAAGCCCGAGCAAGGUCCCAGAAAACCCAUUCUUGAACAACGUGCAGCUCCUGGAGCGUCUCAUCAAGCAGCCGGCGCCCGGCAAGGACCUUACGGCAUCCGUGAUGCAGCAGCAGAAGAUGACGAGGGUCGGCGGGCCUUCCAUGCAGCCGCCCCUCAAGUUUGCCUCUCAGCAACAGCAGCUCAAGUUCUUGCACCGGCAGCGGUUCGGAUCUCAGCAACAGCAGCAACAACAGUUGCUCAAAAAGAAGAUGAAGCGUGAGGUGCCCGCGUCCACAUCGUACAUGGCCAGCAGCUACGGAGCAUCGUUCAUGUACAAAGGGCGCCCCAGCGUCCCUCUCUACGGCCCUGAGAGGACGACGUCUCCCAGCGACCCGCUCAAGACACACGGCGCUCAGCUUAUUGCCCAGGCUGCGGCUAACAGUGACAGGGACGAGGUGCGCAUGCGCCUGGGCGAGGUGAUGGUGUGCGCGAGCAGCACGGCGGCCAACAGCUUACCUGUCCUCGACGACAAGACCUUGUCGCUGGUGCUACGACACGCCACCUUGUACCACUUCAUUUAUUCCCCUCUACUCUUCCUGCCAAGAUGGCGCGACCUGGUGGCGGCUACACGCGACCACGCACUCACACCUGCUGAUAAACCGCUGCCCAAAACUCCGGUACUGGACCGGCAUCGGCAAGAGUCUAGUCCAUCUCUCCGGCAGUCGCUGCUGGAGUUGCGACGCGGCUCUGUCACUUCCCUCACGCCCAACCCUCUCGUGUCAUCCCGAGCUCCCCUCCCUCAGUGUACCUCCUCUUCUACUGCUGCUUACACCACCACUUCUGCUGCUGACCCUCUUAACAUAUCAGGUCGUCGUCGGCAUCCUACCGGGAGCAGCGGUGACGACAGAUGGCACCAGGUGCUGUGCACGAGUUUGCUCAAGGAGUACAUCCAAUACCUGCAGAGUCACGGCUUCAAGACACUUCCAAAACACAGCUCUCUUCAGUCUCAUCAUGACAAAACGUAUUCCGGGUCUCGAGGGUCGGACGACCUGCCGUCGAGCACUUUCUUGAUGCUGUCGCUGCGGGACAGCAGCUGCGCCAUCAUCCUCAAGCUCUUCUUCCAGGAGCCCUUCUUCUGCGCUUCCUUGUAUACGCUCGACAAAUCCAAGCUUAGACGUAGACCUGGCGUCAUGCCACAGCAGUUUGCGAUGAACCAGUUCCUGAGCAAAGUGGAGAACGUGCGCGUCUUGCUUCAUCUUCAUUCGUUUGCUCACGACUUUCACCUCCGCACUCUUGGCGGUUACCUCGCUCAGCGCCAGCUCAUCUUCAACAGAGGCUAUCAUCUCUCUGCCUUCCUAGCGAACUUCACGCAUUACUACAAGAAAGCCGCUAACUUCGCUCGCAAUAUGAUCUAUUCUGGAGGCGUGAGCAUCCCCAACACGGGCGUGUCCCCUGAGCAGCUCUACAACUACUUGCUGUCCAAGGAGAAGCAGUACCACAUGGCCGUCAUGAGGAUGGUCCCUACCAACACUGAUGACUCGCAGGACAUGCACGAGACGGAGUACGUGCUGGUGCACGUACACACGUGCUACACGCGUCAGCUGCCGAACUACCCUAAGCUCGCUGAGGAAUACGAGGCCAUUCUGCUCGUGGCUCGCGACACGAGCAAAAUGCGAGGCGCGUCGCACGAGGAGGAGUUCACGUCGAGCUGCGGCACCACCACAGCCACGCAGGACAGGGUCAUGGCACCACUCCAGCAGGAGCUUGAUGCUCAAGAAGCCAAUGCUGUCAACGACGACCAAACUCUCUUUCUCAAAUUUUAUCUCAUUCUUACUAGCAAACGCGAGCUGUACCCUAGUCACGAGCAGCACAACACGAGCAGCACGCGUCGGUCGAGUGCUACUCUCCGCCGCACCAGCGACCGCAUGGACGAACACCAGACCGCUGCCUCUGUGGCUGCUGCCUCUCCCAACGCUGCUGUCACCCCUGCGUGGGAAGGUGUGUGUUUGUGUGUGUGUCUGUUUGUGUGUGUGUGUAUUUGUGCUCCUGUUCAGCCCACAUUGGACGCUGUCUCGUCUGACGGCAGAGCUGUCAGCCCCAGCGCUGGUCGCCACUCUGCCAUCAGAGGUUCAGGCGGUUUACCACAGACCGAGGUUGUGCAGCCCGCGCGUAUCCUGAGGGAGGAGACCGUGAACUACCUGGGCUACUACUCCCCGUACGAGGUGACCAUGGAGCAGAUGUUGCUCACGCAGGCCAGGGAAGCCGUCACCAGAAUUAAGUCCGUCUUCACGCUCGCCAAAAUACACUGCAGACGCGACAUCCUCUGGAAGCGACUCACGAGCCCCCACACAGAGGACGACCGGCAGAAGGGAAGCGGCGUGAACCGUAGCGGAGGUAGUGGAGUGACAUUCAGCGAGGUGGAAGAGCUGCUGCGUCUGGUGGAGGUGCAGCCUGUCGAGGAAGUUGACCCGAGAUUGAGUGCCUUUGUAAGGCAGCCUUUGCGCUGGCAUCAAGAGCUCGUCAAGAUGCUGCACCACAAGUAUCAGCACAACGUCAGAAACGUGACAUCCUCUGACGGCAACGAGGAACACGUCGCGGUGAUGAGCCCAAACUGUCCCGACGCUAUCAUCGUCAUCUCCACCAACCUGCGGAUGCCGUGUAACACGAGGUUUCGCUGCGUUCGUAAGGAGCUGAAGAGCGAAGUGCCUCCUCCCAGCGAUGCCAGGAUUGAUACUUUCUUCUCAGCUUUCAUCAACAUCUGCUGCUUCUAUCUCUGGUCUUUUAAACUGUAACGUUAGAGCGCCUUAUGUCUUCGCGCUCCAUCCAUUUGAACAGCAACAGCUGCUACUUCUAUCUCUGGUCUUUUAAACUGUAACGUUAGAGCGCCUUAUGUCUUCGCACUCACCAUUUAAACAGCAACAUCUGCUGCUUCUAUCUCUGGUCUUCUAAACUGUAACGUUAGAGCGCUUUAUGUCUUGGCGUUCUCUAUGUGGACAGCAACAUCUUCUGCAUUUAUCACUGGUCCUUUAAGUUAUAAGCCUCGAUCGCUUCAUACUGUCCCGCUCGCAAUUGGGACCUCGUUGACCGUAACCAACAUUAAUUGCUAGCCAACAUGACUUGUGUCUUGCAUCAAUAUUGGUGUUACUUUUGUUACAAACGAGGACACAAAUAAGAUAUUGUUUUCAUUGGCUGGGCUGCAAAGUUGACUGUACAGCGCGCAUUGAUUCCAGCGGACAUUGAUUCCAGCGCGCAUUGAUUCCAGUACAGAAUUUACUGAACAGACUGGAUUGUACUGGACUUCAGUACAGAAUGUAUUGGAAGACGUCAUCUUUAUUCAGUGUUUCGCCGCAAUCUAUGCUCCGCAUUGUUUGCAAAAAAUCGUUGUCUUAUAAUGUGCCACUUGAGCGGUGCUCAAGUUCCGUAUCAAGACUUUUUUUAUUUCAAGUACAAACAUUUAGUGCCAUGCUCUAGUGCCAGAUGCAAGACAUUGAGUUUUAAGAACACUUAUUGAUUUAAACGCGUUUCAACAAUGUUGUACUACACCCGAGACUUGAUCUCACACUUCAACCGUCAAUCUAGCUCCGUAUUGGAGUUGUCCAACAAUCUUGUAUUGGACCAACAAUCUUGUCAAAUAUGGGAUAGGAGUAUGAAACGUUUCUGAAAGAGCGUUAUAUGAUUCAUAUUAAAAAUUUUCCUUUUACGUCAACAAGCUAACGUCGGUGCUGUAUAUGGUUACUGAUAAGACGAAUUUCCUAUAUGGAUGAUUGCGUUGAACUUACUGUACAUUCUGACAUU